CUUUGACUCUCAGAGGUUCCCCGAUGCUCCAGUACCGCUUUACGUCGCUCAUCCUGCCCUGUCUAUCUAGGAGGAGGAGGAGUAUUAACGACGAACCAGGAUGGAGAGGCGAGCAGAGCAGCAUUUUGUGCAGCCUGCAGCGCAGCUGAAAUGCGAAGAGGCGGCAGGUGCGACAGCAGGAAUCGUCAUUCUUUCCGGACCUGGAUAACUUCUGGUCCAAGUUCAUCCUUCACCAGUCACUCCUGAUCAACGUGUACAAUAUGCAGCGGUUUGAGAGCGAUUUAUGUCUGAUUCGGCUAAUUAUAGCUGCUCGGAGAGUGGCAAAGAAAUAACGGAAGAGAGGGUUUGCUAAAACCGAAUUAAAGAAAACAUUUUUUAUUUUAAUUAUUUACAUAAAUGUAUUUGUCGAUAAAUUGUUUCACGCACGUUUACCUGUCGGGUGUAUUACAGUCCAAAAUAUAUUUCAUUGGGUGAAGAAAGAAAGGCGUACGAACUGCUCAUGAGGAAUCAAGCAGGUUCAGAUGACGAGAUUAAUAGUUUAUCCUUUAUUGAUAGCUCUUAAGAACAGUAACCUGGUAUUUUAGAUGUGCUCUUUUUAAAAAUUUUAAAUUUUAAUUAAAAAAAAUAUCAUUCCGCAUAUUGAUUUGGUUUUGUUUGGAUUUACUGACCACGCUUAUGCCAGAUUUCUGACACGAUGUCCUGAAUGUGCAUCUGUCACCGUGCGCUAAAUAUCUUUCCGGAUUUUUUUUUUCUGAGCAGGCAGAACUGCAAUGUGUUGGAUCACUAGCACACACGAAAACCGCAUUUGAGAGCGGACGGAGAACACCGGAGAAACAACGAGAGCUAAUUGUGGACUCCCAGAUCACUGAUGAAGUUUAGCGGACGAGAGUCCACGGCUAAUGCUUUUGACUGAAUACAGGGAGAAGGGCACGAGUUCCCCUCGGCUCUUUUGCUUCUACUGCAAGAACAAGUGCGCGCGAGCUUUCUGCGUGUAACUGAAAAUAGACUGCAUCAUUUGCUAUUUUGAUUUGUGUAACUGGUUUAUGAUAUUGUCCGUCGUUCGUGAACAUGUGAAAAGAAAAGGUUUUUUUAAAUCAUUUUGAGACGUGGGCGGUGAAGAGGAAUUUAACGCGAUUUCAGGAGCAGUGCGUUUGAGGAGAGAGCAGCUGGCCCCUCGCAACUUGUUCUCCGACGCAACUCUUGACGUGUGUUGUAAUUGACAGAGAGAAGGAGGAAUACGCAGGACACAGAAUAGACAUUUUGCUUGAACACAAGCCAAAAGCCACAAGGAAGGCCCAGAGAGGCAAGUAUGGGCUUGGUAAAGACGCAAGGGAAAAGCGCGUGACAGACAGUUGAGGUUUGAGCGAAUAAAUCAGUGGUGUGUAGAUGGUGCGGGGGAAGAGCGGGGAAGGAAGAUUUACUGAAGCGCGUUGCGGGCUAACGGAUGCGGUGCUGAGGGAACGAGAAAAUCAGCCGUAUUAGGGGUAUACUGCCUCGGAAACUGAGAUAUGAAAUGAAAUAUAUUUUUUCCUGGAGACUGACGGCUGCAGAAAAUAAUUAUUUAUGGGGUGAAGAGGGGACAAGGGUCUGGCGCGCGGUGGAAACGGGAAAGAGCGGGAGCGGGGCCAGUUCCGUUAGUGAAAGCUCCCACCUCGCCAACCCUCUGAGAUAUGUAAAAAUGUAAUCUGCUGUUCAUUGGGAAUCCAUCCUUUUUCACCUUAUCCUACCUCUUCUCUUCGAUUUUCGGGAACAGAUUUUCUGUGUGGGACGGGUUGAUGGAGACCGCAUUUUGACGCGUUUCUCUUGUCACGGGACUCGUUUGCUUGCAGGCAAACACGGAAAAUGAACUAUUCUAGCCAAACGAGAAGACGGAUCCACCUCUGACUGAAAGUGUUAUUUAAAAAAUGUAUAGUCUGUUAGUCGAUAAAUGCAGAGGCGUUUAGGAGAUAAUCUGUCUUGCUGAUAUUUGCGUUUCAUCUGUUCUCUAAACCAUCUUUCAAUAUCCUUCGUUUUGUCUUGUACAAAAAAUUACAAGGAUGUCAAAACUGAUUUUAUGUAAGUGCACGCGCACUAGCCUGCACUCCUCUGGCUCUUGCUCCAGUCUCAGCCCUAUAUAACUCUGGAGUGCAGAUUGUUGGGGUGGAUGAGCAACAUUUACAAAAAUAGCCAGCAGAGAGCCAAAGCGGGGUAUCACGGAGGGAUAGUGCUUCUCUUUCAUCCCGCCUUUUAGGAUACUGUGCCUGGAUGGACAGCUUGUUCACCGACUGAACCACGAAAACAAAAUGUCCAAAACCUCCUACCCUUUGCCCUUCACAACCCUGACUUUCUCUCCCAGGAGCUCUUGCACAGGUGAAGAUGGAGAGCUAGUGAACACUGAUGAUUAAGACUUUUGGUUCCAACUUUUGGACUCCUCAAACUUCAGAAUGACUUAUUUCUUUGAGACCUCCGUGCCGUAGAUGUAGAAGAGAAAAUCGCCCAUUGUUUCCUGUCUGGUCUCCAGGUUGGUAGAAGUGUGUCGAUUGUAACUAAGGAAACAUCACUAACUCUGUGAAGAGAGUCACUUAGGAGUAGGGUGAACCCCCAAACGAAGUAGGGUGAACCUCUUAGGGUAGUGGGAUGAAAUUGGGGCUUUGUCAUCCCUGAGAACCUGUCUCAAAAUUCUUCUCCCCCCCACUUAUUAGUGGGGGGGAGGGGGACUAAUAACUGUGGGUUGGGUUCUGAAUUUUUAAAGAGUUGCAGAUCAGCACUUGGGGGCGUGGCCAUGGAAACUGGUCAGGUCAACCUUGACAGCCCCAACCGGGCGCUGGAGUACCUCCUGGAGCUCAACAACAUCAUCGAGAGCCAGCAGAAACUUCUGGAAUCCCAGCGCCGUCGCAUCGAGGAGCUGGAGGUCCAGCUGGACCGCGUGAGCCAGGAGAACAAGGACCUGCGCCUGGACCGCCAUUCUCGCGGUCCCGAGCUGGCCAGGACCGCCCCCCACCCUCCCGGCCCCGCCCUGCCCGCCAACCCUCCAGUCCCCUCCCAGCCUGCCUACUCCCAUAAGAGCGUCGCCGGGCCUGGCUCGGCCCCUGCACCGCCGGCCGCGGGGCGGGAACGACGCCCCCACGCCCGGCUGACCCGCGGCCUCUCCUGUGGAUCCACCGGCGGCGACUGCGAGCGCCUGGAACGAGCCGACAGCCCCGGGUCUGCUUCCGCCACCUGCCCGCCCGCCACCCGCCUCAGACAUGUGGAAGGUGACACCCAGAAUUCAGAGCCAGGUGGUGUCCCGGACAGCCAGGCCCCAUACAGGCGUGGGCCGGACCGCUACGGCGACGGCAGCGGCCCCCGCGGGCCCCCUGUGGCCCCCCCGAGCCCCGCCAGCAUAGCGUGGGCCCAGCGGACCCGCCACCAGCCCGCCAGCCUGGCGCUCCGAAAACAGGAGGAGGAGGAGAAGAAGAAGUGCAGGGCUCUGUCCGACAGCUAUGAGCUCUCCACCGACCUCCAGGACAAGAAGGUGGAGAUGCUGGAGAGGAAGUACGGCGGCUACUUCCUCAGCCGCCGGGCGGCGCGCACCAUCCAGACGGCCUUCCGCCAGUACCGCAUGAACAAGAACUUCGAGCGCCUGCGCAGCUCGGCGUCGGAGAGCCGCAUGACGCGCCGCAUCGUCCUGUCCAACAUGCGGCUGCAGCACUCCUUCGACGAGCGCCACCCGCAGCCCUGCUACGGCGAGGCCUCCCCGCCCGCCACGCCGCAGUCGCCGUCCUGCCGCCCCGAGCCCCAUCGUCAGCCCGAGCGCCUGGAGUACACGCACCUGGAGGACUCCUUCUCCAAACAGGUGAAGUCUCUAGCGGACUCCAUCGACGACGCCCUGACGUGCCGCCCGGGCCGGGACGACUCCCGGGAGGGCAGCGCGGAAGGGGGCGGGGCCGGCGACGCCGACGGCGACGAGUUCGGCGAGUGCGCGUGGAGCAGCAGCAGCAACCCGCCGUCGUCGUCGCGCCGCGGCGACCGGGAGCGCGGCGGCGGGGGCGGCGGCGGCGGCCUGAGCAUGCACGAGGACAGCACCGCCACGUCCUACAGCGACGUGACGCUCUACAUGGACGACGGCCUGCCCUGCUCGCCCCUCUCCCUGGACCGGGCCCCCAGCAGCACCGACACCGAGUACUGGGGCCCCGGGGGGGGCCUCGGGGGGGGCGGGGGGGGCCGCGAGGACAGCCGCGACACCGAGGGCGGGGGGAGCAGCAACAGCCGGCGGAGCAGCCCCUGCACGGACUGCCGGGACUACCGGCUGCGGGCGGCGCACCUGCCGCUGCUCACCAUCGAGCCGCCCAGCGACAGCUCGGUGGACAUGAGCGACCGCUCGGACCGCGGCUCCCUCAGCCGCCAGCUGGUCUACGAGCAGGAGGGGGGCGCGGGGUCGCCCCAGGGCACGCUCAAGCACAACCCCAACGCCCGCUCGCCCGGCUCCUCCUCCUCCUCCUCCGCGGCGGCCGCCGCCGCCAUCGUCACCGCCGCCGCCGCCGCCGCCGCCCAGGGCCAGACCCGCACCCCCAGGCCCCUCCCCUCCCCCAUCCCCUCCCAGAUCCCGCACCUCCACCACCACCACCACCACGUCAUGCACCACCACCUGCACCAGUACCCCGACGCGCCCGCCCCGCCCCCGCAGCUGCCCCCGGCCGCGCCCCUGUCCUCCUCCGGCUCCGCCCCCGUGGCGCCCGGCGGCCUGGAGCAGCCCUGCUGCUCGGACGGAGACAACGACUCACUCAACUCCACCACCAACUCCAACGACACCAUCAACUGCAGCUCGGGCUCCUCGUCCCGCGACAGCCUGCGGGACCCGAUGCCCUCCCUGGGCAAGCAGACCUACCAGCGGGACAGCCGCCACAGCUGGGACUCGCCCGCCUUCAACAACGACCUGGUGCAGAGGAGGCAGUACCGCAUCGGGCUCAACCUCUUCAACAAGAAGCCGGAGAAGGGGAUCCAGUACCUGAUCGAGCGGGGCUUCGUGUCGGACACGCCCGUGGGCAUCGCCCGCUUCAUCCUGGAGAGGAAGGGCCUGAGCCGGCAGAUGAUCGGGGAGUUCCUCGGCAACCGACAGAAGCAGUUCAACAAGGACGUGCUGGACUGUGUGGUGGAUGAGAUGGAUUUUUCUGGAAUGGACCUGGAUGAUGCCCUGAGGAAGUUCCAGGCUCAGAUCAGAGUUCAGGGGGAGGCUCAGAAGGUGGAGAGACUCAUCGAGGCCUUCAGUCAGAGGUACUGUGUGUGCAACCCUGCUCUGGUCAGGCAGUUCCAGAAUCCUGACACCAUCUUCAUCCUGGCCUUCGCCAUCAUCCUCCUCAACACGGACAUGUACAGCCCCAACGUCAAGCCUGAGCGGAAGAUGAAGUUGGACGACUUCAUCAAGAACUUGAGAGGGGUGGACAAUGGACAGGACAUCAACAGAGACCUGCUGGUGGGGAUCUACCAGCGCAUCCAGAAGUGGGAGCUGCGGACCAACGACGACCACGUGUCCCAGGUGCAGGCGGUGGAGCGGGUCAUCGUGGGCAAGAAGCCGGUCCUGUCCCUGCCCCACCGCAGGCUGGUGUGCUGCUGUCAGCUCUACGAAGUGCCCGACCCCGGCCGACCCCAGAGGGGCGGGGUGCACCAGAGAGAGGUGUUCCUCUUCAACGACCUGCUCGUGGUCACUAAGAUUUUCCAGAAGAAGAAGACAUCGGUGACGUACAGUUUUAGGCAGUCCUUUCCCCUGGUGGAGAUGCAGGUUCACAUGUUCCAGAACUCAUACUACCCCCACGGGAUCCGUCUGACCUCAGCCAUCCCGGGAGGGGAGAGGAAGGUCCUGAUCGUGUUCACGGCCCCGAGCCAGCAGGACCGCACCCGCUUCACCAGCGACCUGCGGGAGAGCAUCGCCGAGGUGCAGGAGAUGGAGAAGUACCGAGUGGAGUCGGAGCUAGAGAAGCAGAAGGGCGUGAUGCGGCCCAGCCUCCUGAGUGCGGGAGUGGUGGGCGGAGCCGGUGGAGGAGGCGGAGUGAAGAACGAGGUGGUGAACGGCACUCUGGGACGGCCCAGCCUGGAUGACAGCUACUCCGGAGGAGAGGGACUGAAACGCACUGCGCUCAGCUCCUCUCUGAGAGACCUCUCUGAGACAGGGAAACGUGGUCGCAGAAACAGCGUGGGUUCCCUGGACAGUACUAUGGAAGGUUCGGUCAUUAGCAGCCCGCAGACUCAACAGCGCCUCCCCAUGGCGGGAGGAGUGCCCGGCUGCUAUGGCCUCGAAGAGUUCCGGCCUCAACACCCCAUCCUGAGCCCCGGAGUGGGGGUGGGGGGGGGGCCGGGGCAACAGCACAGUGCUGCUGGGACAGCAGGUGGGGGCGGGACCGUCCCCAGCAGCACCAACGAGAGGGGGGCGGGGCUGGGGGCGGGGCCGGCGGCGGGGAUGGGGAGCGGGUCAUUCCUGGGCUCCCUGUUUGGGAGCAAGCGCUCCAAAGCCCCCGGCCCCAUUAUCCCCCCGGGACCACUCUACCCCGCCCCCGUGCCGCCCCCCACUACGGGGGGCCCGCCCCCACACUCACCCUCCGAGGGAGGGGGGCACUCCAAGAUCCAGGCCCUGCAUGCCCAGUACUGCCACGCGGGCGGUGGGCAAGCCCCGCCCCCUUACCACCAUCACCACCGCUACCACGUGCAGACCAUUCCUCCGCCCGCCCCUGGCCACGCCCACCACAUCAUGCACCGUGGCUCCCUGCCCCGGCGUCCACCCGCACCCUGCCACGCCCAGCUGGUCCAGCAUUCCCAGCAUGCUUUGCAGGGUCGGUACGGCAACAUGGGCGCCGGCUGCCCGCCGCCCCCCCUUUCUCCUCUCUCCCCGCUCUCUCCGGCCCCCCAGUUCGCCCUCUACCACACCCAGCCGCCACACUCCGCCAAGGGGGGAGGGCCUGGCGGGGGUGCGGGGCCUGGCAAGCUGCCCCUGGGGCUGGCACACUCCCACCCGGGCCACGGCCACAGCCCCCAUCCCACACCCUCCUCCGCCCAUCAGCCUCACUUUGUCUUCGCCGCCCCGCCCGCCCAGCCCCCGCCGGGGGCCUCCACCGCUGCCCGCUAUUUGCCGCCGGGCGGCCAGUAUCUGCCCCAGUACCCUCCUCUUUCCUCCAUCCCCCCUCCCCCCCCCCACUCCCCUUUACCCCCCCCUUCCUCCCCCCAUACCCCUCUUACGCCUCUCUCCCCACACCCCCCCCAGCACCCCGGGCAGCCUCAGCAGGCGGCGGGUUCGCAGGCGGGACAGGGGGGAGGCCCAGGGAGUACCGGCACGGCGGGCAGCUCCAAAUCCAAGCCUAUCAACCGGAUCAGCACGGUAGUGUGAGAGGGACCUGGGCCCGGGGGGCGGGGCGCGGGGGCGGGGCCAGGGCCGAGAGGGAGGCGGGGCCCGGCCGCAAGAGGCGGAGCCUGCUCAAACUCUGCUACUUUCACCUCCGGUUCCCGCACAUGUAGAGAGAGCAGGAACACACACACACACACACUCACACAAAUAUACAUACACUCGCACACACACACAAACACAUGCACAAGCACACACAUAAACACACACUAACAUACACACACACACCCACACGUGUACAAACACACACUCUCAUUCACACACACACAGACACACAUUCACACACACUGUCACUCAUACACACUCUCGCUCACACACGCACACACAUUCACACAUUCACACUCCCAGAAUGCACUAGACCUCACAUACACACAAGAGCAGACACGUGUGCGUGCAUGUGUGCUAACACAGAGCUCCUGUGUCUGCUGCACGUGGGCGGUGCUUGGACGCAGAUGUAGGGGGUGACCACACUGUCCUCCCCCAAUCAGAAACCAGCAAGCAGCUGAGAGACAGCGAGGACUCCACACAGAGAUGUUCGGGAGAUGACAGCCAGACAGUGAGACAGACACAUGCUAGCAGGCAGUAGACAGGAGCACAAUGACACAACAUUAUCACACCCUCUGUGGUUACAUAGCUGACUGGAGAAGAGAGGUGUGUAACUAGUUUUUUGAAGUGGCAGGCACUGGCCUGUUGGACAGAGGACUAAAGACACGAUGGACGACGGAAGAGCUUUCUAUAAACUUCUGAAAGCAUCGAAAAGGAACUGAAAACGUCAGCUUGGGUGGACCGGACCAACCGCAAAGACAAUGAACUUCAGAACGUCUGCAGGUCACUGCUAGCGGAGCAGAAGAUGGCGAAUGUGAUGUCUGCUCUGUUAGAGGGUCAGAAAGUGUCCUUCUCCUUGGCGCUGACCGUUUGCCCCUCUCCAAAACCCUUUUCUCACUGCCUCCUGUCUCUCUGCUGAUUUCACGUGCAACCUAACUUCACUCCUACAUGUUGAGAUUGAAACGAGUUAGCUCAAAUUUUAAUUUCCUAUUAACUAAAUAGUGUAUAAAGGCCUAGAGCGUACCUUCAAUCAGUGUGCAUUCCAAAGCCAACGCAGUGCAGGCUGGCAUGGUUGACAGAACAUGUUGUGAAAGUGUUCGAUUUCUCUGGGUUGUUGUAGGCCUGAAACUCAACAUUCAUCUUUAACUUUUGCGGUCGACUGCAGGUGUUUCUGCUUCACAAACACCGGGGAACAUCUGCGGGGAUUGGAAUGAAUAUACCGUACUCUCUGAAGCAAGGAAGUUAUGUUAGCCUUUAACUCAAAGUGAACAAGAAAUGUUAACUAUAUCCAGGCCAUAUAUAGUACAGUGCUUUCUUCUGAUGGGUCACUGCUGUCUGUGUGUGGGUGAAGCUCAAGACUCCAUGUGUACUUGGAAGGUUUAAGCUAUAAUUAAUACAGAGAUUGCAACACACUGUAAAGUUUUUCAACUCACUGUAAGGUUUUUCAGCACGCUGUAGGUUUUUGCAGCAGACUGUAAGGUUUUACAGCACUGAAGUUUUACUGCACACUGUAAGGUUUUGCAACACACUGUAAGGUUUUACAGCCUGCUGUAAAGUUUGCAGCACACUGUAAGGUUUUGCAGCACACUAAGGUUUUGCAGCACAAUGUAAAGUUUUACAGCACACUAAGGUUUUGCAACACACUGUAAGGUUUUACAGCCUACUGUAAAGUUUUACAGCACACUGUAAGGUUUUACAGCAUGCUGUAAAGUUUUACAGCACACUGUAAGGUUUUGCAGCACAAUGUAAAGUUUUACAGCAGACUAAGAUUUUCCAGCACACUUUUACAGUGCACUAUAAAGUUUUAGCCGACUGAUUAUGUCCACACUGUAUGAAGCAACGUUACUGUAGGGUAACUGCACUGUUGGGUUGCCUCAUUUUUUGGGGGAAAAAAACAGUAUCAAAUUUUAUAAAUCACAAUAUGGCAUGCCCAGUUGCAGCUUUAAGCCCAUGCAGUGCUGCAGCAUUUACUGCUGUCGCCGGCAGGCUGCAGCUGGACCGAAGGAGCUCUAAAUGUGACAGGGAAUACCCUGUGGACUUCAACCCCUCCCUCCCAGGGUGACUCUGUAGCCAUUUAGCCAAUCACACACCAAUGAGACAAGGCUCCCAGAAGAUUCACGGCAAGGGCUUUUGAUUCAGCUGAGGGCAAACGGUGCAUUUCACCUCUCAGAACCUCAACCUUUUUUUUCUUUCUUCUUUCUCUCUCCCUUUCUAUCUGUCGCUCUCCCUUUUUCUUUCUCUCACUUUUCCAUAUCUCCAUCUGUCAGUCUUUUAUCCAUUGUGCACAGUGACAAGUUCAGAGAGAGAGAGAGAGAGCGGGAGUGUGUGUGUGUGUGUGUGUGUGCGUGUGUGUGUUUUCCCUAGGGACCAAUAGACAGGACAGGCAAUAUUAGAUAAUAUUUCAGUUCUGGUAGGAUUGAUAUGCUUGUGGUUGGCUUUGAUAUCAUUCCUGUUUAAAAACUAUUUACCUUAUUACUACUAAUAAUUUUUGAGAAACUCGUAUAUCAGUUUCCUGUAUAUCAGUGUUUCAUGGAUAAUUCUUAUGAUGAAAAUGAAGAAAUGCUACAUCUGUUCUUUGCUACUGCGGACCAGAGAAGAACUACGUUGCACUGGACCUGUUGUUGAUGCAGUUUGCAUUAACCCUCCCAUUUGUAAUAACCCACUCAUUUGUAAUAACCCUUUUAUUUAUAAUAACCCUGUCAUUUGUAUUAACCCUUUCAAUUUUUAUUGUAAUUCAGAGCCCAAGGCUCACUAUUUUUGGGGUUAUGACAAUGAUUACAGUUAUUGCUAUAAUUAUUAUAUUAUGAAUUUAUGUAACUGUUCUUGAUAUUUAUUAAUUGUUUCUAGCAAUGUUCUGUACCUUUAAGCACUUUUUACACUGUCCUAAUUAAAGUAACAGGUGUGUGUGUGUGCGCGUGUGAGCACAGGCCCAACACUAAAACUGUUCCUUUUCGUUUCAAGUGUAGUGUAAUGGUUAUUGCGAGUUGUAAUUGCUACAUACUUCCUAUAGAUGGCAGCAGUGAGUCUGCACCGAUGUAAUGCCCUGCACACUUGGGUGAAGUGCACCCCCCCUAUGUUCUGUCAUGACAGUCUGUUCUCCGUUCAUGAGGUAAUCCGUGCACACAUGCACACAUACACACCUGAUUGCUCUUUUUUUUUUUCCUUUUUUGAAAUUCUGAUGAUUGUGUUUUUGGGGGCUCCUCCGCUGCGGAGGUGCCUGCUCUUUACUUCAGUGCAGUUUUGUGGUUUUGCACUCGAUCAAGAUGCUUGACAAUUUUCGUGCCACCUUUAAAGCCCUCACUUUAGCCCCGCCUUAUGACCUUCCCCUCCGCCCACGUCCGUCUCCGCCUCCAUUUCACAGCCCCGCCCCUCCAGCCCAUUGGCCGGCCAUGCCUUGCAACUCUCUGUGACUGGCACAGAAUCCGUACUGCUGGGCGGGACUAGGCUCCUUAUAGAUAGAUAGAUAGAUAGAUAGAUAGAAUGGUGACGUCAGUAAGGCCUGUUUGGAGAAGGCAAAGGGCAUGCUGCCUCACCCAAAAUCUCUUGUUACUUCCACUGGGAAAGGAGGGGGAAGAGGUGAGAGGAGGAGGAUGGGAAGGGGGUAAUUGGUGGGAGCUUCAGGGUCUGUGUGUGUGUGUGUGGCUGCUCCCUCACUGUGCGCUGUUCCCCGUGUGAUCCCCCCUUGCAUGAGUAUCUGCACUUACUGAAUGAAGCAUAUAGACCUGAAUGUACAUACUCUAUAACACAAAUGCUCAAUAUUGACUAUGGAAUGGACUGUACCACGUCUCCGUAAUUCAGGUGUGUGCGUGUGGGAGGGUGAUACCAUAUGAAUUUAUUUGGGAGGGAGAGGGGUCAGAGAGUGAAUUAUAAUUGUACAAUUGUGUGUGUGUGUGUGUGUGUGUGUGUUUCAGAGCAAUUUACAAUAUAAUUGUAAAAAUACAAGAAAUAUAAGGAAUUUUAUUUGUGUACAUACAGUUUCAAUUCAACAAAUACAGAUAAAUGAAAUGUGAAUAUUUAUUGCUUCUGAUAUUAUAAAAAUGUCCUUGCAGUGGAA